AUGACUAUACCCAGGUUCUACUCUACAGCCAGCACGGUCUCAGCGAGACUCACCUCGCUUCUCAAGAACCGCGACCUUAUAAAAACAACCUCCUACAUCAACGGGAAAUGGGCCUCCCCUACAAACACAACCACCAGCACGACGACGUUCACAGUAACGGAUCCAGCACUCUAUCCCUCACCGCAAGCUGAACUCGCCACAGUGCAAUCGAGCACUCGCGAGGAUUUCCAACAUGCCAUCGCGGCAGCCGAAUCGGCAUUUGCAUCGUUCAAAUCCACAACGGGCAGAUACAGAUCCAAUCUACUUUACUCAUUGUACCAAGCGAUGCUCGACAACAAGCAAGACUUGGCCACGUUGAUCGCGUUAGAAAAUGGUAAACCCAUGCUGGAUGCGAUGGGUGAAGUAGUCUACGCAGCUAGCUUUUUCCAAUGGUUCGCUGAAGAAUCGAGCCGCAUCACCGGCUCAAUCAUUGCAUCAUCGAACCCCACCAGUAGAAUCCUCAGCUUGAAACAGCCAAUUGGAGUAUGUGCGAUCAUGACCCCGUGGAAUUUCCCGCUUGCGAUGAUCACGCGGAAAUUGGGCGCUGCCAUCGCUGCCGGCUGCACCACCGUCAUCAAGCCCGCGUCGGAAACACCCUUGAGUGCGUUGGCGUUGGCUCAUCUCGUGGAAAACGCCCAGUUCCCCGCUGGUGUAGUUAACGUGUUGGUGAAUGACGAUGCUGCCAUGGUGGGCAAAUUGCUCUGCGAAGAUCCGCGAGUCCGCAAAAUCAGCUUUACGGGAUCGACCCGCGUGGGAAAGUUGUUGAUGCAGCAGUCGAGCUCUACGUUGAAAAAGCUUUCGUUUGAAUUGGGAGGCAAUGCACCGUUUAUCGUGUUUGAUGACGCCAAUGUCGAUAAGGCUGUCGCGGGUGCCAUUGCAUCCAAGUUUAGAUCGAGUGGGCAAACGUGUGUUUGCGCCAACCGCAUCUUUGUCCAUGAGUCCAUCUACGAUGAGUUUGCUGCCAAGUUCGUUGAAAAGUUGAAGCUGGAUGUCGUGUUGGGCGCCGGGUUGGACCAAGGGGUAACUCACGGCCCCUUGAUCCACCAAAAGUCAAUGGAUAAAGUAGUCAGCCACAUUGAAGAUGCAACUUCAAAGGGGGCAACGUUGCUUCUCGGGGGAUCGAAGCGGCCAGACUUGGGAGACAAUUUCCAUGAUUUAACGGUGUUGGGGGACGUUACCCCGGAAAUGUUGAUCUUCCAAGAGGAAACAUUCGGCCCCGUGGCGCCAUUGAUUAAAUUCACCUCGGAGGAUCAAGUUGUGCAGUUAGCUAAUGAUACCGAGGUGGGGCUCGCGGGCUAUUUCUACUCCAAGGAUAUCAGUCGCGUGUUUCGCGUAGCAGAGGCGAUGGAUACGGGGAUGAUUGGGGUCAACACUGGUGCCAUCUCGGAGGCGGCGUUACCUUUUGGUGGGGUUAAGGAGUCUGGGUUUGGACGCGAGGGCUCAAUGUAUGGUGUUGACGAUUACAUGGUUAUCAAGGGAGUAGUGUUGGGCGAUGUGUAA